AUGGAGCUACCAAAGCACGAUUCGAGAAGGUUUUCCAAUCAAGAAAGUUUACCUUCAGAAAAAGUGCACCAAAGCGGGUCAGGCUCUAGAAAUGUUUCCGGCCAACAAGACACAACUUCUUCCGACGACGAUGUGAUUAUGUCUGAUGAGAACUGGAGCUAUGUAACUGAGAGUGAAGACACAUAUAUGGACGAUGUCUAUUACACAGAUGGGACUCAUACCGGCGACACCACGAUCUAUCGUCCAUCUUCUGGUCUUGCGCCCCAGGUAUCAGCCACUUUAAAAAGCUUCGCUCAAGCCCAGGCCCCACAAAAACGAUACGUACCAGCUCCACGGCGUUAUAGAGGAAUUCUUGAUCCACACGAGGGCGCAGAAGAUGCCGCAUUUUUUGCUCACGCAAAUACACGGUAUCAACAAGGAAUUCGGGAAGCACUGCGCAAAAGUGAGGAGAAGUAUAAAGAGGAUAAGCUGAGGUCUGCGAGAAAAGAAAAGACGGGUUUUACUGCGCAGACCAACGCAGCGCCUGCCGCUACUGAUGGAGGGAAGAUCAACUUCAUUGAUCUCUUAUGGGGUGAUGCUUAA